AGUAUACACGUCUAUGUAUGUACACGUGUAUGUCAAACAAAAGCAGUUGUUUUUCAUUAGUCGAGCACACAGUCGAGCAACAGGUGUCAGAUGUCAUGAAAUUAACAGCUGAUAAUUCACAGUUCAGAGAAGCUUUUCGAGUCGCAUAAAAUGGCGCGAAAGCGAUAAAAUAUUGAAUGUUUAUAUUAACGUAUGUACUGUGUGACUUUUUAUCAAUUUUUUAUUAUAACAUUGGUGCGAUAGAUGAGCGGAGAGACAAAUUAUGGAAAUUAGAAAUGAUUUUUGAAUAUAAAUAUUUUUAACGGUAAACGUAGAUAUAACUCAUUAUGCCGCAACAAUUGUACAGAAAUAUACGCCGGAGUUAUAUAAAUCAUGGAUUGUCAUUACUGCAUGCAUUACAUGACAAUUAUCUUACAUAUUUAAAUUAAUCCAAUUAUGUCAAAAAAGAAAAGAGAUCAUGCUUGGGGUGAAAAUGGCUUUGAAGAUUGGGGUGGUUAUAUGGCUGCGAAAAAAGCUAAACUUGAGGAGCAAUUUCGUGACACAGCCAAUAAAGAAUUUAAAGAAUCAUCAAAGUUAUUUGAAGGAAUUGCAAUAUUUGUAAAUGGUUAUACAGAUCCAACAUCUGAUGAACUGAGACGUCUAAUGAUGAUGCAUGGAGGUCUGUAUCAUCAUUAUAUGCGUCCUAAAAUCACGACUCAUAUUAUAGCAUCCAAUCUACCAUAUUCUAAAAUAAUAAUGUACAGGAAGAGCCAAAAUCCAAUUCCUAUAUGCAAACCACAGUGGAUCAUUGACAGCAUUGCAGCUGGGAAAGUCUUAAAUUUUCAAAAUUACUUACUUCACUUCAAUAGCACUAAUGUACAAUCUCUGUUGACAUAUACAUUAAAGAAUAAAAAGAUUAAAGUCAAUACUGACUCAGCUAUUGAACAAGAUAUUGAUGAAUCUAAAGCUUCAGCAAUCAUGGUUAACAAUGAGAUUGAUAUAAAUAACGGAAACAUAUCAAAACACAAUGCAAUUAAUGAUGUAUCAAAACAUGAUAUAGUCAGCACUUGCCAACAAGAACACUCAAGAACUUCGAAUACAAGAACAAAUGCACAAUCUACAAGAGAUGCUGAAUUUUUGUCGGCAUUUUAUAGUAACUCGAGAUUGCAUUAUAUCGCUACCAUGGGAACCACUUUUAAAGAUUAUGUCAACGAACUGAGGGAUAAAAGUGAUGGGGUAUUUCCUGGACUUGAGCAUUUAAUAAAAUUAAAAGAAGCAAGAGGUGCUUCAGCUUUAGGUGAUUGUGAAUCAGAUCCUGAAGAUGAAAUAAUAUGUUAUACAAAUAAAGUAGAACACAAGCGAGAAUCUGUUAUAAUGCAUAUUGAUAUGGAUUGUUUCUUCGUAUCUGUUGGAAUUAGAAAUAGACCAGAAUUACGAGAUCAACCGGUAGCGGUAACACAUGCAAAAGGGAAUACAUUUUCAGCGAAUUAUGACGGCAAGGAAGAAUUUGGAUCAUUAUCGGAAGUUGCUUCGUGCUCUUAUGCAGCAAGGAAGGCUGGUGUAAAAAACGGCAUGUUUCUGGGAGAAGCGCUGAAACUGUGUCCAAAUCUGAAAACGAUUCAGUAUGAUUUCGAAGGUUACAAAAAAGUUUCUUACAUAUUAUACAAUACAGUAGCAUCUUAUACAUUAGAUAUCGAGGCAGUAAGUUGCGAUGAGAUGUACGCGGAUUGCACAAAAAUUCUUGAAGCGUCCGCAUUGUCACCAUUGGAAUUUGCCACUAUAAUCAGAAAAGAGAUAAAGCAAAAAACAGAUUGCCCGGUGUCCACAGGAUUCGGCAAUAACAGGUUGCAGGCGAGAUUAGCAACGCGAAAAGCUAAACCUGAUAAUCAAUUCUAUUUAAGUAAUCAAAAUGCGGAGACAUAUAUACGGACUUUAAAUAUAAGAGAUUUACCAGGAGUUGGCGGAACGACAACACAUAAGCUACAUAAAAUAAAUGUGCAUUCGUGUGAGGAUUUGCAGAAGAUUUCAUUAAGUAUUUUACAGAAAGAAUUUGGCAAAAAGAUGGGAGAGCAGUUGCAUAAAAUGUGUCGCGGAUUGGAUGACACAAAAUUGAAUCUGGAACAUAUCAGGAAAUCGGUAUCAGCUGAAGUCAAUUACGGUAUAAGAUUCCGGAACGAUAACGAUGCCAUCGAUUUUUUGAACAAAUUAUCCACGGAGGUGUGCAAUCGAUUAACAGCAGUACGUGCAAAGGGUAGAUGUAUCACGCUAAAACUUAUGGUCAGAGCCGAAGAAGCACCGAUAGAAACUGCGAAAUUCAUGGGUCAUGGUUCCUGCAAUUAUAUAACAAAAUCGAAAAAUCUUAUAGCGGCUGUCGACGACGUCAAUAUUAUCAGAAAGGAAGUUAUAAACAUUUGGAAUCAGUUGCAUUUAAUACCUGAAGAUAUGAGGGGAAUUGGAAUACAAAUAUCCAGAUUAGAAAUAUGCAAGACUAAGCAGAAUAAUAAAGGCAACUUGAUGAAUUUCUUUAAUAAAACUGCAAAAUUACAAACAUGUGACCACAUAUUGAGUAAUGAUGAUAAGAAUCGGUAUGAUUCGAGUUUCAGCAAGAGUUCUAAACUGGACAGUUCAAAAAUGUCUUUAACUGCAGAAUCAUCUCUUGGGACAAAAAAUAUUGUUGAUGCAAAAGUUAAUAAUUUGCCACUGACAAAAUCUUCCAAUGUACAUAAGGAUGAAUGUUUAACAAUUCCGUGUAAUGUUCAAAUCAAAUCGACAACUGAAACAAAAAAUAAAAAAUUACAUAAUUGUAAGACACAUGAAAAUAUUACUAAAGCGAAAGAUUUAUCUGGAAAAUCAAGUAAGAGUGCGAUACAAAAACAGACAUCUCAAGAGAAUUUUUUCAGACAUACAAAACCGAAUAAUGGAAAAUCGUCGAAAUAUGAAAUACCGCAAAUACAAGACAUUGAUAUGUCCGUGUUAAUUGAAUUACCCGAGGAUAUAAGAAACGAGAUAUUUGAUGAAUACAAAAGAAAUAAGAGACAACAGUCUCAGAUAGCUGCGCACACCGCUGAUUCAAUAAAUAAAGUUUCGGAUGACGAAAAAAGUUCAAACAUACACAACUAUUCGCAAGUUGAUCCGGACAUUCUAUCAGCUUUAAUGAAAAACGAUUUGCAUCCGGAUGUGCAACGCGAUGUGCAAAUCUAUUGUAAUUUGAAGAGAGAAGCGAAUAGAGUAAAUUUGAAAGAAAUCAAUGAAAACAAAAGUAAUGAACAAUUGCAAGGAGCAAAUUUGUUUUCGAAGACCAAUGAUAGUAAUAAUGCAAAACAUAUUGUAAAUAAUACUCGCAUAAAUGAAACUGCAUGCGUACCGCAAGAGGAUAAGAUAUUACUUGCGAAGGACCAAUUACACGAAAAAAAUGAUAUCGACAAAACAAAUUCCACAUCGUGUCACCAUAAUCGUAUUGAGAUUUUACACAAUAAUGCUGCGAUGAAUAAAGCCGAUACCUUUAUUUUACAGAAUUUAAGUAUUUUACAUAACAAUGAGAACAUAGAUAAACAUCAGGAAAUGUUGAUUACUCUCGUGAAUCAUCUCUUCGCUCUUCCAUUACAACAGGUAAAAAUACAGAUACAAACGUGGGUCACUAAGUCUAAAGUUGUGAAUGAAGUGGACUUUCUAUCACUUGCGACGUUCCUCAGCAUGCUUCCACAGAAAAAACGUAUCGAGGAUUUGCAUAUUUUGUUGAAAACCAUGCAUAGAUGUAUAACAAAAAUUGAGGACUGUACUUGGCAUAAGACUUACAGGAGAACCGUGAAACAUGUUCAACGUUAUAUGCAGAUAGAAUACAACAACAAUAUAAUGGUACCAUCGAUUAGAUGCAAUGAUUCGAGAUGUAAUAACAGUGAUUGUGAAUAUGAAAUCUCGAAAAUUUAAUAAAUUAAGACUUUUAUAAUCAAA